GCGAUAUUGCCAUAUUUUUGCUGAAAGGAUUUAGAAUAGAAAAACGACGAUAAAGAUAGCAACUUUUGGUAUCUGACAAAAAAAAGCCUUGCCCCUACCGGAAGUAGCGUGACGUGGACAAUUGAACAUAUCCGCAAAGCUCCCUAUUGUUUGCAAUGAUGGCCGCCAGAUCUGAGAGCGAUUCUGACCGAGAUAGCGACGAUUUCUCCAUUAAUUUGAGCGAGGAUGAAAGAUUUGUGGAUGAGGAAAGUGCAAGUGAAGGACUAGUGGGGAGUGGAAGCGAUUCAGAUAGGGAAGAAGCUGUGAGAGGGAUAGAGCCAUAUCGCUUUGAACCCGACGCUGAUGAAGACGGUCAGGAGGACGCUGCUGCUAUUGAUGCUGGAGGAGCACACGACAUAGAUCGCCUUGAGAAUACAGAAUGGUGUACAUGUCAAAACUGUGUGAACAUGGAGACAGUGGCUGAGUGUGUCUGCUGUAGUGAAAUAGAGGCAGUGACCAGAACGAUGGAGGAGGAGGGGGUGAAGACGUGCAUCAUAGACCACCAUGGCUUUCCAUCUGUGUGUCUGGAUGAAUGGGUGCUGCAGACAGCGUAUAACGCCUACAAACAGCAAUAUGGCAUGCUGCAGCAACAGCAAAAUGAGCGGAGACGACACACAGCCUAUCGACAGUUUGUCCGCUUCUGCUGGGGAUAUCUGGGAAAGGACAUAAGGGUGGUACUACCAGCUUGUGUAGUACAUAAGAUUAGGACAACAUUCCCAUCGAUGGACUACACGGGGUUCCAAGACGUGCAGUGACUGCAACAGAAUCUACAUGGCCACUGUACUUAAUCAAUAAAAUCAAUCAAUCAAUCAAUCAGUCAAUCAAUCAAUGUUUAUUUAUAUAGCACUAAAUCACAAAUGUCUCAAAGGGCUGUACAAGCCACAACGACAUCCUCGGUACAGAGCCCACACACGGGCAAGGAAAACUCACCCCAGUAGGACGUCGAUGUGAAUGACUAUGAGAAACCUUGGAGAGGACCGCAUAUGUGGGUAACCCCCCCCCCUCUAGGGGAGACCGAAAGCAAUGGAUGUCGAGUGGGUCUAACAUAUUAGUGAGGGUCCAGUGGAGCCAGCAGGAGGCCACCCCGAGCGGAGACGGGUCAGCAGCGCAGAUGUCCCCAACCGAUGCACAGGCGAGCGGUAUACCCCGGGUCCCAACUCUGGACAGCCAGCACUUUAUCCAUGGUCACCGGAAUAACCCCUCCACGUGGGGGGGGGGCAGAGGAGAAAAGAAAAGAAACGGCAGAUCAACUGGUCUAAAAAGGGGGUCUAUUUAAAGGCUAGAGUAUACAAAUGAGUUUUAAGAUGGGACUUAAAUGCUUCUACUGAGGUAGCAUCUCUAACUGUUACCGGGAGGGCAUUUCACACUUACCGAAGCGACUCCUGUGCUUGGCGAUGGCUUCCUCCUUGUCUGGCUUCUCCAGUUCAUCGCAGAGGAAGGGAGGCACAUCCACAGUGACGCUGAGUGGUGUUCUCUCGUCAGGGGUCUGUCUGCAGCCAGCAACAACCUCCCUGAUCAAGUCAUCUACGUAGCCUGCAAAAUACAAUUGUACAUGUUCCUGCUCACAACAUAAUAUACUCAUGGAGAGUGAAACUUGACAGUAUUAUUAUCAUGAUACAAAGUGUCAAGUGUUUACAUGUUUUGUGUCCUCUACACUUACGGUAUGUUGGCUCUGUCGCGAUUUUCUUGACCACAUGGCCCCCUGCUUUAUACUUCGGGUAGCGUACUGCAUAGCGCUCAGCACGCGCUUGUGUAGUGGCUAUAGGGCGGCUCGAAUUUUCGUUCCAGUGCAGCCCAGCAAGCAGGUUCCUAGGUGUGGUAACAGAAUAAUGUAAUAAUUAGUACUA